AUGCCUACUCAAGAAGUGCUUAACCAGUGGGAAGCUUCUUCCCCAACUACUAAAAGCGAAGGCCCUCUUCAAGGCACAUCAAACCGUUCGUCUCCCUCACGCAUCAUCUUCAUCCUUCAGCUAACUUCGCCUGAUCAAGCUCCCCAGUCCCUGGUCUCUAAACACGAGUGCUUUGCCGCACAACCCAACGCGGAAGUAUGUCCGACUUAUGACGAUGGGCGUCUUGCGCUCGAUCAGGAUCGCGUUCGCAAUAGUGGUGCUCGUACGCCCGGCUCUAUCCACGCCGACAUCGUCGCACAGAUAGAAGCGAAACGAGAGCGAAUGGCCUCGGAGGAAGCGAAGAAGGACAAGAAGAAGUCAAUAUAA